UAGAAAUGAACAGUAACCAUCUCCUGUUUGCAAAACCAGAAAUUUUGUAAAGGAAUCGCUUGAUCGUGAUUUGCUAUAUUUAGAAAUUCCUGUCGGAGAAGGAAUUAUGUGCUGAGAUUAAGCAAGCCAUCAUUUUUUACGAUUUUGAAGAACUUAUAUUGUGUUGUGCUUUUUUUCUGGAUGUUGAAGCUGUGGUGUAAUAAUGUGGCUAACCGAUACCGUAACGAAAUUUUGAAGUUCCAAAUGUGUUUAACGAUUCACAGGAUGUCACCAAUAAUAUACUGAUUUAGCUGAAACAGAUCGUAGUAAAAUAAAUUACGUAUCACGAAUAUCGAGCGAUUUAUAAAAUAUCAUAAAACAUGUCUGUGACCUUUGCUCAACGCGGUAGGCCGCCACCGAAUCCUGCCCAAAUACAGAAGAUGCUUGACGAGAAUAGUCAGUUAAUACAAACAAUUCAGGAAUAUCAAAAUAAAGGAAAGUCGCAAGAAUGUAUACAGUAUCAACAGAUGUUGCAUCGUAAUUUGGUAUACUUGGCAUCAAUUGCUGAUGCCAAUCAAAAUAUACAAGCAUUAUUACCUCCUCCACAAGGAAUACCUAAUGGUCCUCAACAUACUAUGAUGAAUCCUCAAGGCCUUCCAAAUCCUCCUGCAGGUUCAGGUGGACCUGUAGGAGAUAUGCCUCCAAAUAGUCAACCUACACUACCAAUGUCGAGUUUUAAUCAAGGACAACCAAUGUCACAAGGUGGAUAUCGUGGCCCUGUCAUGCCUGGACAAGGACCUGCUAUAAUUAGACCACCUACUGCACCUGGACCGCAACAGUAUAGAGGGCCUCAAGGUUACCCUCAACAGCCUUCCCAACAAGGUUAUCCAACUCAAUAUGGUAAUCAAAAUCCUGGUUCUAAUUAUCAAGGUCCCCAAGGAUCAGCAUAUACUCCAGGACAACCAAAUCAAUAUGGACCACCAAACGCUUCUCAGCAACAGGGAUAUAGUGCAUCAACACAGCCAAAUUAUGGUCCUCCAAGUACAGUAAAUAGUUAUGGUCCUCAACCAGGCGGAUAUCCACCACCAGGAAGUACUCAACCACCCACAGGAUAUGGCCCACCACCUCCAAAUCAACAAGGCUAUCCGCCUACUAAUCCUUCUCAACAAAACUUCCCAUCAAGUGGUCAACAGCAACAAUCAGGACAAUAUGGUAGUCCUAGCCCACAACCCAAUUACCAACAACCCCCAUCUCAGCCACCACCUCAAAAUGCAUAUGGAGGAGGUCAACCUGGUAGUUACCCUCCUCCUUCACCUCAAGCAUACGCAAAUAAUGUUCCACCACAAAACUAUCCAGCUCCUCCUACAUCUAGUGCAGCUCAACCUCCACAACCUGGAUCUCAACAAAGUACUGGCCCUCAACCCAAUUAUGGUAAUCAACCAAGUCCUGGCCCGGGUUCAACACAGUAUGGACCAGCUUCUACAUCUCCACCAUUUAGCACUGCCUCUGCGAGUGGAGUUAACACUUAUGCCCAAAGUAGUCAACCAACAAGUACACCUUCUGCCUCGACCCAAACUUAUCCACCAAGCAGUGGGCCUCCGCCUACUUCUCAAGGCGGCAGCUACGCUCCCACAGUUCCUGCUCCAUCCGGAUAUCCCGUUCAUCAAACACCUCACCCGGCGUCGCACCCACCGCAUCAACCACCACAUCAAUCUCCUCAUCAGCCACCUCAUGCUCCUCAUCAACCACCGCAUCAACCUUCUCAUCAAUCGUCUCAUCAGCCUCCUGCACAUCAAUCACCCCACCAGCCACAACAGUCUCAACAACAGUCACAAACGCCACCACAAUCACAACAGCAGCAGUCUCAGAAUCCUGCCCCAAGCGGAUUUCAACCACCUUCGGGACCUCCACAAGGUCCUGCCCCACCACCAGGCCCACAACCACAACCUGGUUAUGGACCAGCUACUACACAAACAUAUGUACCACCAACCCCGGGUGGACAACCACAGGUAUACACUCCUCAUCCACCACAAGGUGGUCAACAUUAUGGACACCCACAGUAUCCUCCUCAAAGUUACCCACCUCCACCAGCAGGACAAGGAUAUCCUCAGUAUCCACCACGACCUCCUGGUGGUCAUAUGCCUCCACCACCUGGACCACAGGGACCUCCUCCACCAAAUCAGUACGGUGGUUACGGCUACCAACCACCUCCACAAUAAAGUAUAUUAAUGUAAAUUCGUAUAGCAUUUACACUAAUAUAAAUUGUUCAAUUGCAAAUUUGGAACAAAUGGUAUAUAAAGUUUUAAUUUAAUUCUUACUAUCAUAUCGUCUAAUGUUACGUAACGGGGCAAAUAAUACAAGAUGAUAUAUGUAUAAGGAAAGGUGCUGCUAAAAUAUCUUCGUAUUAACGAAAAUCAUAAAAAACAAUUUCUGAGAGCUAAUUCUGUUUUUUAAAUAAUAUACUAGAACUAAAAACCAAAAAUGCUUCGAUACAAAUUAAUUAUUUGUAGCAAUUGUAAGCCCUACACGUGUAUAUUUAUGCGUUUGAAAAGCUUUAAAGAAUACCUUUUCUCGUAUAUAGCAACGUCUUAGAACAACUUUUGCCGUUGAAAAUGAUAUUGUGAAGCCUCUUAAUUAUAAUAUCAGACUCUUAGUUUUACUUCGUAAGUUAAGGAAACUGUAAAUCGUUAUUAUUUAAUUUUAAUAGAGACACUAGAUUGUAUAGCACUUCAAAUGUGCGUUGACUGCUUGAAUAUCGGUGUACAUACUACAGGAUUCACAUAU